AUGGAAGUCUUGGAAAACCCAGGAGUACUUGCUCCAUACAUACGGAUAGUUCCUGAGCCUGUACAAGACGAUGUUCAUGAGAUACAAAUGGGUUUGCAUUGUCCUAUUCACACUCAACGGAACGACUAUAUCCGAAUGCUCCAGCUGGCUUCCGAGCUGUGCAGGAAGAAACGGGCCGCUCGGAGAGCACAUAAGAGCAUCGAGGAUAGUGAAGAGGAGUGA